AUGAUGCUCUCUGGUGGUGGUGGUUAUGGCGGGAGAAAGGCGCACAACACUUCUGUCGGAGGAGGAGUAAAUGGAGUUUUGUCAUCACAUUACGCGAUCUUUGUUUUCGUCGUAAUCAUCGUCUUCGUUUUAACUGGGAACUACGAGAGCAUAAUGAAGACGAAGAUGAAUGGGAACGGCCCACGGAACGCGUUGGUUGAAAAUUCUUUCACGGGCGGAGACGAGUCCGUGACCGUGCAUUCGUCCUCGUUGUUGGCGAAGGGAGAAGAGAUAUCUAUCGACGACGACGGUGAUGACGGUGGUGACGACGAGGAAGGCAGCGCAGUAGAACGAGAAGUAGAACGAGAAGAUAGUAAUAGAUUCAGUAGCAGCAGUAUUAGUGGCGAUAAUAGUAAUAACGACGGUAAUGGUAACGAUAACGACGUCGACAGCUCCAACAGCAACACACAGUUAUCUGCCAUCGCCGUGGGGAACGGCGCGAGCUUGAGAAACUCUCGGUUCGGACGACAAGUAGAUGCGAACGACGUCGUGUUGCGUUUCAAUCUUUUCAAAACCGUCGGGUUCGAAUCAGACGUCGGCUCGAAAACGACGCACUGGGUGUUAUCGACGAUCAAAGAUCCGAACCAAUUCGACGAAGAGGAGAUUCCAAACUUGAAGAAAUCGCUGCAGCACGUGUACAUUCCGUUUGUUUUUCGAGACUGCAAGCCGCAACAAGUGCGCUGCCCGAGACGAAAAGAUAAAAUUCCCAAACAGAAGCAACGCAUGCACGAGUUGGAAACGAUAGCGACGAACUGGUUAAAGAAGAAUGAUAUGCGUGAUGUAAAAGUACACGCGGUAGAGGCACCACAAGUGGAUACUCUGUACGAAGAGUAUAACUUGAACGAAAAGUUUCCAUCCAUGGGACUCAUGUUUCUCAACUACGCGUGGCGAAAGUUCAAACAGCCGGUGCAGUUUUGCGGUUUUGAUUUUUACAGCGGCUCGCACGAUCAUUAUUGGGAGAGGAAACUGAAAAACGAAACGUGUCACAACAUGAACGACGAAUCGAGAGUUUUGAGCGAGUUUGUAAAGGAGAAUAAAUUGAAAGCGCUCGAUAAAAAAGCGCACGAAAUUUUGAUAAACUACAAAUCACCAGACGAAGCCGAGUACGAUCCGAGGUGUAAGAUUGUCUGCAACACCGACGAAUCGAAUUUGUUUUGCGUAACGUUGCGCGGUAGAGAAGUUGAUGCGUAUAACAACGCUCCGGAGCAAUGGGAAAGACGUCACGGUAUUCACAGCGCAUAUGUGAAAAAGACAAAUAAGAAGAAGCGGGGAAAAGGUUGA